CGCAGCACUGACGGAGUGUAUGAGGAAUAAAUCUCUGGCCAAGUUUUUUCGGGAGCGUCAGGCGUCGCUGAAGCGCUCGCUGCCUCUCGGUUCAUACUUGCUCAAACCGGUUCAGAGGAUCCUCAAAUACCACCUGCUGCUCCAGGAAAUAGCGAAGCACUUUGACCCUGAGGAGGAGGGCUAUGAGGUGGUGGAGGAGGCGAUCUACACCAUGACCGGCGUGGCGUGGUAUAUCAACGACAUGAAGAGGAAACACGAGCACGCCGUCAGACUGCAGGAGGUCCAGUCUCUGCUGCUGAACUGGAAAGGUCCGGACCUCACCACCUAUGGAGAGCUGGUCCUGGAGGGAACCUUCAAGGUCCACCGCGCCAAAAACGAGAGGACGCUCUUCCUGUUUGAUCGCAUGCUGCUCAUCACCAAACGCCGCGGCGAGCACUACGUCUAUAAGACGCACAUCUCGUGUUCGACUCUGAUGCUGAUCGAAAGCGCCAAAGACUCUCUGAGCUUCAGUGUGACUCACUACAAACAUCCCAAACAGCCCCACACCGUCCAGGUGAGACCACCUACACCUGACCUACACCUGAUCUACACCUGACCUACACCUGAUCUACACCUGA